CAGCUAGACACCACAGCUGAGACCUCCACUCUGGUGACAGAGGCCCGGGGCAUCCCUCACCUGUCCAGCUCUGUGGCCACUCCUGUCACCCUGUGGCUCCCAACAAGGAAGACAGGACAGAAAGCACAGAGCUGACCCCCAGAGUAGGCACCACCCCGGCCUGUGAGGGCUACAGCCUUGCCUGUCAGCACACGGAGGCCUGGCCAGAGCCCUUGACAUUCCCGCACCCACGCUGAGCAGCAGACUGCUCAGGAGGUGGGGUUUCCACACUGCAGAGGUCAGGGCAGAAGGAGGGCUUGUGUUUUGGGGGACACCUCCUACUGGGUACCCUGAGCCAAAUGCUGUUACCCCUUUAUAGCACAAGCCCCCAGCCAAGCAGGGGAGCUGAGUACUUGAACGGCAGCGUGGUGGCUCCCAGAGGCUGCAGGUCUGCACUGCCCUGGUGCCCCCUACCCCAGGGGACAGUCUCCUGACCACAGGCUGGACAAUCAAGAAGAAUUGCCUUCCUAGAGGACCUUGUGGGGGUGGGCAUGGGAACCCAGGGAGCGGCUUUGGCAGCCAUUGUGUAGUAAGCUCCUCCUGGGGCACUGAGAACAAGGCCCCACACAAGGGCUAGCGGCAGCCCCUCCUACCCAUACCCUUCUCACCUCCUCGGGAACAUGGUGCCCAGAACAUUCCAGCACCAGUGCAGAGUCACCGUCUCCUGCGUCCACAGCGGGCUCUCUGCUGGAGGUGUUCUGGGCAGGGGCUGGCAGCCCCCAUGCUCACUCUGUGUUACCUGAUUGUCCGCUGUGCUGGGGGAACCCGGCUGGCUGGGCUGGCUCUCCGGCAAGGAAAGGAGUUUGAGAAUGCUGAGGGGGACGAGUAUGUGGCCGACUUCUCGGAGCAGGGCUCCCCGGCCGCAGCUGCGCAGAACGGCCCCGAUGUGUAUGUCCUGCCUCUCACGGAGGUCUCCUUGCCCAUGGCCAAGCAGCCGGGUCGCUCAGUGCAACUCCUCAAGUCCACGGACCUGGGCCGGCACAGCCUCCUGUACCUAAAGGAGAUUGGCCACGGCUGGUUUGGGAAGGUGUUCUUGGGGGAGGUCCACUCGGGCGUCAGCGGCACACAGGUGGUGGUGAAGGAGCUGAAGGCCAGCGCCAGCGUGCAGGAGCAGAUGCAGUUCCUGGAGGAGGCACAGCCCUACAGGGCCCUGCAGCACGGCAACCUGCUUCAGUGUCUGGCCCAGUGUGCUGAGGUGACGCCCUACCUGCUGGUUAUGGAGUUCUGUCCGCUGGGGGACCUCAAAGGUUACCUACGGAGCUGCAGGGUGACAGAGUCCAUGGCCCCUGAUCCCCUGACCUUGCAGCGCAUGGCGUGUGAGGUGGCCUGUGGGGUCUUGCAUCUACAUCGUCACAAUUACGUACACAGCGACCUGGCCCUGAGGAACUGCUUGCUAACGGCUGACCUGACGGUGAAGGUCGGCGACUAUGGUUUGUCACACUGCAAAUACCGGGAAGACUACCUCGUGACUGCCGACCAGCUGUGGGUGCCGCUGCGCUGGAUUGCACCAGAGCUGGUGGACGAGGUGCACGGCAACCUGCUGGUGGUCGACCAGACCAAGGCCAGCAAUGUGUGGUCCCUGGGUGUGACCAUCUGGGAGCUCUUCGAGUUGGGUGUGCAGCCGUAUCCCCAGCACUCGGACCGGCAGGUGCUGGCUUACGCCGUCCGAGAGCAGCAGCUUAAGCUGCCCAAACCCCAGCUGCAGCUGAGUCUAUCUGAUCGCUGGUAUGAAGUGAUGCAAUUCUGCUGGCUGCAGCCGGAACAGAGGCCCACGGCUGAAGAGGUUCAUCUGCUGCUAUCUUACUUGUGCGCCAAGGGCACCACGGAGUUGGAGGAGGAGUUUGAGCAGCGGUGGCGCUCCCUGCGGCCCAGCGGCAGCACGGGCCUGGGGUCAGGUUCCACUGGCGCGGCAGCUGCCGCCGCUGAGCUCGCCGCCGCCUCGUCUUUCCCGCUGCUGGAGCAGUUCACCAGUGACGGCUUCCACGUGGACAGCGACGACGUGCUGACAGUAACCGAGACAAGCCACGGCCUCAACUUCGAGUACAAGUGGGAGGCGGGCUGUGGCGCGGAGGCGUUCCCACCCCCAGGGGGCGUGUCGAGCCCAGACUCCGCGGCGCGCCUGCAGGAGUUGUGUGCACCCGACAGCUCACCCCCGGGAGUGGUGCCAGUGCUCAGUGCCCACAGCCCCUCGGUGGGUAGCGAGUACUUCAUCCGCCUAGAAGGGGCAGUACCUGCUGCUGGCCAUGACCCGGACUGUGCCGGCUGUGCUCCCAGUCCUGAAGCUGGCACUGACCAGGAUAACAACUCAGAGGACAGCAGCACCACUUCUCUAGUCAUGGAGCCACUGCUGGGCCACGCACCUCCCUCCGGGGGCCUGUGGGGCUCCUGUGACCACCAUUCGUGUAGGAGGCAAGAACCGCCCUGCCCCUCACGCUCACCCUCUCCUGGGACCCCCAUGUUGCCGGCUGAAGACAUAGACUGGGGUGUGGCUACCUUCUGCCCACCCUUCUUUGACGACCCAUUGAGUGCCUCUCCCUCUGGGAGUCCUGAGGCCCAGCCAUCCCCCAGCGACGAGGAGCUGGAGGAGGAGAAGGCAGGGAGGGCUGCUCACCGCGGACACUGGAGCUCUAAUGUGUCAGCCAACAAUAACAGCGGCAGCCGAGACCCAGAAUCUUGGGAUCCCGGCUAUGUGAGCAGCUUCACAGACAGCUACAGGGACGACUGUUCCAGCCUAGAGCAGACCCCACAGGCCUCCCCUGAGCUGGGCCACCCUCUAUCCCAGGAGGAUCCCAGAGAAUUUCUGCCCGGGCUUGUGGUAGCAGCCUCUCCCGGUCAGGAGCCAAGCCGCUGCUUUAGCCUGCUCCCUCUGUGUCCCGCCAAAGGCCUGGCACCUGCUGCUUGUCUGGCCACAGGCCCCUGGACAGAGGCAGCUGUAGGUGGGGGUGAGAGUCCCCAGGUGGAACCCAGACUUGCCCAGGAGGCCGAGGGCUCUGCUGAAUCCCAGCUAUCCCUUCCUUCUGUCCCCUCCCCAUCUCACGAAGAGGCCUCACUUCCUUCAGAGGAGGCCAGUGCUCCCGACAUCCUUCCUGCCUCUCCCACACCCGCUGCUGGCAGCUGGGUGACUGUCCCUAAGCCAGCCCUUAGUCUGGACAGCUGCGGCAGUUCUCUGGGGCAGGAGGCACCCAGCAGUGAGGACGAGGACACUACCGAGGCUACAUCGGGAGUCUUCACCGACUUGUCCAGUGAUGGCCUUCAUGCUGAGAAGCCAGGCAUAGUACCAGCUUUGCGCUGUCUGCAGAAGCAGGUGGGGACCCCUGAUUCGCUGGACUCUCUGGACAUCCCGUCCUCAGCCAGCGAUGGUGGCUGUGAGGUCUUGAGCCCAUUGGCUGCUUGUCCUCAUGCCAGGCAGCCUCGUGCGGCGGACAGUGGCUAUGAUACAGAGAACUGUGGGUCUCCAGAGUUUGUGCUCAAAGAGGCCCAUGAGGCGAGCGUGCCUGAGGCCUCUGGGGAACUAGCCUCAGAGGGUGAGAGCCCAGGGCCUGAGACUUUGCUCUCUGUCUCCCUUGGUGGCCUCAGCAAGAAGAACCCCUACCGAGACUCUGCCUACUUCUCGGACCUGGAUGCUGAGUCUGAACCCACCUUUGGCCUUGAGAAACAGGGUGGGGCCCAGGACUCCCAAAAGGAGCAAGACCUAAAGAGCCCACCUAGUUCAGGGCAUCAGUCUGGGCAGGCUUUUCCCGGGCCUGAGGUGCCCGGGGAGGCCCCAGCUACUAACCCCAGGGAGGUGCUGCCCCCAUCACAGCAGCAGGAGGAGUCCUUGCCGGAUGGCCCCAGGCCAGAGCCUCUUGGGGCUCAAGGCCCAGUCGAGGGGCAGCUUGGACCCAGCUCUAGUCAUUCUAAACGCUUCCUGCUGGCCUCAGUCCCGCUGAGCGCAGAAGGCAAUGGCGUGGAGCCCCAGGAACCCCCAGGGCCAGCCCCACUAGGGAGGAUGGGAAGCCCUAGCGUGCCCAGAUCCCCACUCUGCCUGGCCCUACCUGGCCGCCCAGGGGCUUUGGAGGGCCGGCCAGAGGAGGAAGAGGAGGGCAGUGAGGACAGUGAUGAAUCUGAAGAGGAGCUUCGAUGCUACAGCAUCCAGGAGCCCAGCGAGGACAGUGAGGAGGAGCCACCCACGGUGCCUGUGGUCGUGGCUGAGAGUCAGAGUCCCCGCAAUCUGCGCAGCUUGCUGAAGAUGCCCAGCCUCCUGUCUGAGGCCUUCUGCGAGGACCUGGAGCGCAAGAAGAAGGCCGUGUCCUUCUUUGAUGACGUCACGGUCUACCUCUUCGACCAGGAGAGCCCCACCCGAGAGACUGGGGAGCCCUUCCCCAACACGAAGGAAUCACUCCCCACGUUCCCGGAGGGUAGCCCCGGCUCACCCAGUGCCCCGGGCCUGCCGCAGCGGGCUGACCACUUGCCCGACAGCUCCACUCCUGAACAGGGCAGUAGGUUCGAAUGGGAUGAUGAGUUCCCACUGGUGCCUGGCAAGGCUGCCUUGGUGACUGCACUGGACCCAGCCGACCCCGUCCUGGCCACGCCCACCAUGCCAGCUGCGCCCUUCUCACGGUUCACUGUGUCUCCCACGCCUGCCUCCCGUUUCUCCAUCACUCACGUAUCCGACUCGGAGGCCCAGUUGGUGGGAGGUGAGUGUGGUGGGGCUGAGGUGGAGCAGAGGGACAUUGUGGUUGGGCAUCCAUGAGGGGCAUCGGCAGGGGAAGAUUUGGUGGCCCCUGGUCUGCUGGACAUUGCCCUCUUAACGGUGUUUUGUUCUUGGCCUUUGGGCAGACACUGUGUCCAGGUGCACUUGGCCUAUGGCCUCCUGGGUCCCAGGACCUUCCCACCCUCUGCCCAGUCUACCCUCCACAGAGGGCUGCCCAUCCUCUGCCCAGGCUACCCUUGCUCUUCUCUUCUCAGCCCCAUCCUGGCCUCCCACAACUUACAUGAACAAUCCAAGCAUGGUGGUCACUAAUCCACUGGCUUACCUCUGGUUUGAGGUUCUUGCAAGGUGUCCCUAUCGGGACUGUGCUCAAGUGGGUGGUGCCAUAGCCCACACUGUUCAGUCAUGAGCCCCCUCCACUGCCCGCACCAAGGUAGGCUCCUCUCUGCCAGGUUCCCCUCCCACAGUUUUGACAAGCUCUUUUUGCCUACUUCCCCUGCCUUGCCCAUGCACACCUCUUCCCCAGUUGCCCUGGCUGUGGUAGGCAGCCUUGAGAGAAGGACCUAUCACCCUCAUCCCUGGCACGGGGAGGUGACUACAUGACACUGACCAUGCCCUUUGUUUGGGCCUCAGUUCCCUUUGUUCAAGGACUCAGAGGGCAUUUGCUAAGCAUUGCCGACUCUGGAUCAGGGUGACAUGGGGAAGAGAAAUGGGUCCAUCUCCCGCCCACCCACAGGUCCACCACAUUGGACAGGCAUGUUGGCGAGCCAGGCGGUUGCAGGGGUGGGAGAACCCAUCUGGUUAUGGCCUCACGUACUCACACAGCGCCCCCUUUACCAGGCCCAGCAGCAAACGCUGGGGGCCGAUGCACAGAGGCUUGAGGCCUGGGUAGUUUCGCCCUUCGGAGGCUGGUGUCACUGGAGCCCCUGCCAUCCUGUCCAGGCAGCAGCAAGGAUGGUGACUGGAAAUGAGUGGGGACCAACGACACCCCCACAGCUCCCUGGAGAAGCAGGUGGAUGAGAGGCCUCUAUCUAGCCCUGGACGUGUGGGGCCAUGGUCCUCCUGUGCUACCUGAUGGGAGAACGUGUCCUGAGUGGACACCGGGGUUUGCUGCUAGCCCCUGGAUAUACCUGCAGCCUGAGGGCCUAUGGGUGUCUGUAAGCGUAUACAUGCACACUCAAGAAGGGCCCCCAAUUCCUAGGUGGCUCGGCACUCCUGGGCAGAACCCCCCCCCCAACACCUCCCUGCAGCCACUCUUCCUUAUAUGGCUGGUGGUGGUGAAUUGGCCUCCGGCCAGGACCAUGCAAUCCAAGGGCCUGCAUGCCCUGUUGGCUACAUCCUGCCUCGUGUUCAAAGGACACUUGGCCAGGUUUCAAGGCUUUAAGCCUACAGGUCCCUUUUGGGUCCCCCACCUUUCUUACUUGGGUCUAGAUUUGCUCAGAGCAAGGUCGGACCCCUGGGCUCCAAGCCCUUAUCUCAGAGUCUGUGGCUGGCUCCCCUUCACUUUGUCUGCAGAAGCCCGUCCCCACAGGGGCCGUCUGGAUGUCCUGGCCUAGGUCCUGCUGCUUAGCAGAGGCUUCCAGACUGCAGCUGGACGGCCCCAGAGAUGCCCUCUACAGGGUAGUGUGAGCACUCUCCCUCACAGAGCGGAACCCUGCUCCAUACCCUGGCCAGAGGAGAAUAGGGUGUACCCUACAGCCACUGUGGGGCUCCUGCCUGCAGGCAGGGCUGGGAGAAAACAGGGCUGGGAUGGGGCGCACAGGGAAUAUUUUUUGUAAUUUGCUGGAGUGAAUGGAGACGGGGUGAUUCUAAGUUAUUGUUGCCAAAGACCUGUAAAGUAUAUCGUUGCUUUGGGGGCGGGGCAAUGUGUUCUGUUUUUGUUGUUUUUAGUUUGAGGCUUAGGAUGCUGGUGCAAUGAUUUUCUUGUUCCUUGUUUUUUAAGAGAAACCAAGCUAAGAAAA